CACACACACACACACACACACACACACACACACACACACACACACACACACACACACACACACAUAUGCCCCCGUUUGAAAGAGCUGAAUAAAUGAGUCACUACCACAACUCCCACAUCAAUAACAGUUGGACCAAGAUGGCGGCCGAGGGAGAGUACGAGUCGAUCCUGUGCGUUAAACCCGAUGUCAACGUUUACCGCAUCCCGCCGCGAGCUUCAAACCGCGCGUACAGGGCAGCUGACUGGAAGCUCGAUGCCCCAGACUGGUCUGGUCGGAUGAGGAUCACAGCCAAGGGCAAAGUGGCCUACAUUAAACUGGAGGACAAAAUCUCAGGCGAGCUGUUUGCUCAGGCGCCAGUGAAGGAGUAUCCUGGGAUCGCAGUGGAAACCGUCAGCGACUCCAGCCGGUACUUUGUUCUCCGGAUACAGGAUGACAACGGUCGCAGCGCUUUCAUAGGAGUUGGCUUUGGUGACCGAGGGGAUGCUUUUGACUUCAACGUGGCUUUGCAGGAUCAUUUCAAAUGGGUGAAACAAGAGCAUGAACUCAGUAAAAGUGCUCAGUUUGGGGAUUCAGUACCAAAGCUGGACUUGGGCUUUAAAGAAGGACAGACCAUUACACUCAACAUAGGGCAAGGGAAAAAGAGGGAUAAGCCCCGCCCACAAGGAUCAGGUGGGUUUGGACUCCUCCCACCACCACCUGGAGGCAAGAUAGCCCCUCCCCCUUCAUCAGGAUUGUCAAAUCACAACAUAGUUCCACAGAUGGGAGGCACAGCGACAGCUCUGUUCUGCCUCCGUCUCGACCGCAAAACACCACAAACUGGAUCCAGUUUUGAGCUGUCGAUCAUCAUCGACUUGCCUGCAUCUGUGUCUGUAGCUUCCUGCGCAUCACACCGAGUGUAUUUCCCACACACUGAACCCACACACAGCUGUAGAAUCACUUCACUCAGACUCAUCUCUCUGUCAGUUACUCCUGACACGAAAUGAAGCAUUAAUGAGUUAAAGCCAUCACUCAAUACGAGCCAUCUCCAAUGAUCUUUAAGGGCUAUGUGUGAUGUCCUGAGGAGUUUCAUGUGUCUGCAUCUCCUCCCCAGUAGGUGGCUCUCUGAGCAGAGCUUCAUUGUUUUUUUUGUCCCUGAAACACCUCCCCCUGCAGGCACUGCAGUGCACUACAUCAACACAUCAUUGCUUUCUGAAUCCUGCUGUGAAUGACAACUAAAGAGCUGCACAGAGGGCAGAGCAAUGAAGGCUGUAGGACACAAAUUAAUGAGAAAACUCAGAUGAUGCCUGCACUGGAAUGUAAAUCUUAUUUUUGUCAAUCAGUCACUUUGUGGAUAGUGAUGGUGACACAUGGGUGAUGAUGUUUGAGGUCAGAAGGAGGUUCUUUCCUGCUGAGAAGAUGAGAACUUUACAUUAAAAUGGAGAUUUCUCAUUUCCACUCCGUACAGCUUUGUCUCCAGGCUGGAGCAGUUGCGGCUCAGAUCCUCCUGUAUGUCAUCACACACGUUUAACAACCUGAGCUCAUAUGUGCUACAAACCGAUAAUACAGAAAAUUGGGUUCAUAGAUGCAUCUCCAGACACGAGGCACUAAAAUCUGAUUUUCUAUAUUCAAAAUUUCCUGAUUAAAUUUUCACAUUUUCAUCAUUUAAUGUAUUCAGUGUGUUUGCAGAAUCACUGAAUCUGACGUAGUUGGAUGAGAUGCUGAUGUUAAAAUAUGUGGAGUAAAUUAAUAUUUUCGUUCUGGUAUAUGAAACCUAAAAACCGGUUUACAUUAUAAAAUCACGAUUGUUUACUUUUCGGUGCUUCUUAUGAGCAGAGCUCAGAAAUCAGCAGCCAAAUCCAGACGGUCAUUACUUUUUACAUAUUUUGCUGCAUGUUUAAAGAAGAAUGAAAGAUUUGCAUAUUCUGCUCAGCUGCUAUCAAACUGCAGGCAGUUCAUGUCAUUCUAACUAGACUACAGAGUAGGUCAGUUUUUUGACCUCUAAAUAAUCGACCUGUUCUGCAGUCCAGUUAAAAUGUGAUGAAUCUGAGCAGAAAUGUAGGGCUUAUUAUCAGAAAGGCUUUUUUUUUUUUUAAUUUACUGUGAGGACGAUCAGCCCAAAGCUUGGCCUCUUAAACAUGCAGUAAUAAUUCAUAUCACCCAGAUUUAAAGCUAUAGAGGAAAAUGUUGCUGCGCAAACACUAUUAAAAACACUAUAAUGAGAAAAUAAACCGAAAGGGAACUUUACGGAGCGAAUGUUGUGACCUUUGUGCAGAACAGUGGAAUCUGAUCACUCCAGAUUUUUGCCUGCAGCUCGUUUAUCUGCAUUUUUUCUGUCUGUGAAACCAUCAUGAAGAGUUCUCCUUAUGGAAAAUGUUCCCGAUGCUGCAGUUUACCUGCAACGGUGACCCUGUGGUGAACUCGUGAUUAUGGAAAUAAUAAAGUGGGGAGGACCUGGAGGAGAAAGACCUCCGGACGUGCGUCCUGAACAGUGCUGACCGGAAGAGUUUGACAAUCUGGGAAAUCUGGCGUUCCACUUCUGUGCUGGAACUUAAAUGAGGAGAUUGAUUCUCGUGAAUGUUUUUAAUGUGAAGCAGGUGAUUAUCUUAUUAAAGACAAAAGAAAAGUGAGACCCCCCGGCUGUGACGAGAUCCACUGGCCGAUACCUCUGCAGAUGGUAUAUCAAACACAUUAUACUGUAUUAAAUGUUAACUUUUAUGAAGUGAUGAUGCUUCUGUGGGCUGUUUAAAUGAAACCGUGUGUUUGCUGUUAGAGAUUUGCUCAGUCUCAGGAUUCGUGGCAGGAGGGGCAGAGUGAUUGUGUCCGACCCUCUGAUGAAUGUGUUCGUGGCAGCAGAUGAAAUGUUCGUGCUCAGAAGACUUUGGCUGAUUGUGACAUGAAACGUCUCCACUAUGAAUUUGUCUGCAUAGACUUCGCUGUGAUAAAAUCACGAGAGCUGUGUUUAAUUGGCAUUAAGAUAUAAGGCUGACUGAUAUGUGUUGUGUUUACAUUGCUCACAUUACUGGCUAAAAUAUAAAAAUGUCUCUCAUUUCUCAUUCGUUCCACUCUGGCUCUAAAAUCACUGAACUAACACUUUGAUUUAUGAACAACUUCAUGAGAAAGA